CGUUGAAGUAAGAUGGGACGAGACCGUCAAUCUAAACACUUUUAGACGGUAGUAUCCAAAAUAGCGCAGAUAGUGAUUAUGUUGUUGAGAAAUAUAGAAAUUAGAAGGGAAGAACAAAAUAUAAAGUCCAGUAUUGAAUCAGCUAGGCAGUAAUGAAUAAUGAUAAUUAGAAAAUAAAAUCUUAGCCUCGUUUUGUACUGACAGGUGGGAUGCCUGCAACUUUGUUAGCACACGCACGCAUCCUCAAAACAGAGCCAGAGCCCACUUCUCAGACACACUCUCAUCAGAAUUUCUAUACGUGUGUGAUUAAAAUAAUAUAUACACAAGUAUUUCAACCUCUCCAGUGAUCUCUAGCUAGGCUAGGCAUGCAUAGCCAUAUGGAUAAAAAGCCGGUGUAGCAGAGAGAUGAUCAGAAGAGCUGAAGAGGACAGCCCAGAAAACACAGAGAUUUUUCCUUUUAGUUUCUCCACCUCUUUUCUCUACUUACUUUUCUUGCUGCCACUCCAUUCCCACAUUACACUCAACUCUUCACUCUUCUCUUUCCUACUCACACGCCCUGCUCAAUCUUUUCAUUCCAGCUACUCUGCUAUAUAUACCCCUGUCCAAUUCUAGGCUUUUUGGACAAUUGCUAGGCUUCUUGUUUUGAAGCUAGAAGAUGGACAUCUUUUACCACAAUCUGCAGAGCAAUGCAGAUGCGCAACUGCCUCCUGGCUUCAGGUUUCACCCAACAGAUGAAGAGCUCAUCACUUAUUACCUUCUCAACAAAGUUCUUGAUCACAACUUCACUUGCAGAGCCAUUGCUCAAGUUGACCUCAACAAAUGCGAACCAUGGCACCUCCCUGAGAGAGCGAAGAUGGGGGAGAAAGACUGGUACUUUUAUAGCUUGAGGGACCGGAAGUACCCGACAGGGUUGAGGACGAAUCGAGCAACCGAAGCUGGAUACUGGAAGGCCACGGGGAAAGACAGGGAGAUUUACAACUCAAAGACAUCGUCUCUGGUGGGCAUGAAGAAGACUCUUGUCUUCUACAGAGGCCGUGCUCCCAAAGGAGAGAAGACCAAUUGGGUGAUGCAUGAAUAUCGCCUUGAUGGCAAGCUGGCUUACCACUAUCUUUCCACUAAUUCUAAGGACGAGUGGGUGAUAUCCAGGCUGAUGAAGAAAAGUGGUACUGCUGGCCCUGGUGACAAAACACCAACUUAUGGCAUGUACUCAGAAAUGAGCUCUUCAUCCUCCGCUUCUCUGCCACCUCUUCUAGACUCCACUCCCUUCACAGCAGCAACAACUGAUCAUCAUCGCGUGAUCGACUACUCCUACCUCGAGAAGGAGCACGUGUCCUGUUUCUCCAGAUCCACAGCUGCACCUGGCGGCUUCAAUUACCAUACGACUCUAUUUGACUGUGGCCUUCCUCCCCCGCUGAUGGUCGACCACACCUCCUCCUCAACGUCAUCCUCGUCUCAAUUCCACGAAAACAAUACAAAUGGAGGGGAGAAGCUUCACUUGCCUAGCUUCUUUUUCCCCUCCAUCACCCCGUCUCCGAUUCAUGGAGGCGUAGGAAGCAUUUAUGCAUCUGACACGGGGAAUUAUUCAGUGCUGGAGGCUCAAAAGCCUGGCCUCACUGAGCUUGAUUGCAUAUGGAGGGGCUCUUUUAAUUGAUUGUGGUGCUUAAGUUCUACAUCAGCUUGCAUGUACUAGGAGGAUUAAGUAUAAUAAUGAGCAGGAUUAAGUUUUAUUUAUGUAUUAGUAGGAUUAAGUAUGUACGGCGUGGUUGUCUGUUAAAGUUGAUUCUGGGCAAAUCUUCUAACAUAAUUAUACUACUUAAUUAUUAUC